CACCAUGGCGGAGGACCCCCAGUGUUCUCUUUUGUUGCGAAUUGUCCGUUCCAGCGUCCACUCUCAGCUUUCUGCGUUCGGAAGCCCUCGUCCUAAACUUAAUCGCUGACUGGGUGGAUAUAAAACUUCAUUGCGAGCUAAUGACACCCAACACAGAGGGCAGUCCACGAUGCUGUGAGAGAAGACACGCCGCCGCAGCGGGAACGAGCUCAGGAGCCCGGGUGAGGGAGUCAUCAUGGCUCCCAGACCAUCGUCAGGGGAACUAUGGGGUCUCCAUCUGAUGCCCCCACGCAUCCUGGUGGACUGCUGCCUUCCCAAUGGGAUGAUGGUGAGCCUGGAGUGUCUUCGAGAGACUCCUCUCAUCAGCAUCAAACAGCAGCUCUUCGCAGAGGCCAGGAAGUAUCCACUCUACCACCUUCUGCAGGAGGAGUCCAGCUACAUAUUUGUGGGCGUGACCCAGGAAGCGGAGAGGGAGGAGUUUUACGACGAGACCAGGCGGUUGUGUGACCUUCGACUGUUUCACCCAAUUCUAAAGGUUAUCGAGCCUCUGGGAAACCGUGAGGAGAAGAUCCUGAACCGGGAGAUCGGUUUCGCCAUCGGGAUGCCGGUCUGCGAGUUUGAGAUGAUGAAGGACCCCGAGGUCCAAGAUUUCCGUCGUGCCAUACUGAGCGUGUGCAGAGAGGCCAUGGAGGAGCGGGAGGGGGGCGGCGCCCAUAGCCAGGCGCUCUAUGUUUAUCCCCCAAAUGUGGAGUCCAGCCCCCAACUGCCACAGCACAUCUACAGCAAGUUGGACAAAGGGAGAUUGAUCGUAACCAUCUGGGUGAUCGUGUGUCCGUCCAACUCCAAACAAAAAUACACACUGAAGGUGAGUCACGACAGCCUGCCUGAGCAGCUGAUUGCCGAGUCCAUCAGGAAGAAGAGCAGGUCCAUGCACCUUUCACCUCAGCAGCUCCGCCUGUGUGUCCAGGAGUACCAGGGCCAGUACAUCCUGAAGGUGUGUGGCUGUGAUGAAUACCUGUUGGAAAAGUACCCUCUGAGUCAGUACAAGUACAUUCGCUCCUGUAUCAUCGUGGGUCGUCUUCCUCACCUCAUGCUGGUCUCCAAAGACAGUCUCUACUCACAGCUUCCCGCCUCUGGAUUUGUAACACCAUCAUACAGUCGUCGAACUCCGCAGCCAUCGCCCUGUCUCGGAGGGUCAGAUGGUUCUCCUCCACGCUCACUUUGGGCCUUCAACACCCGGCUGAGGGUUCGACUGCUCUGUGCCACCUAUGUUAACGUCAACAUCCGCGACAUCGACAAGAUCUAUGUAAGAACAGGUAUUUAUCAUGGAGGAGAACCACUCUGUGACAAUGUCAACACACAAAGGGUGCCCUGCUCCAACCCAAGAUGGAACGAGUGGCUGACCUAUGACAUCUACCUGUCUGACCUCCCCCGCUCAGCCAGAGUCUGCCUGUCUAUCUGCUCUGUGAAGGGAAGGAAAGGGGCCAAAGAGGAACACUGCCCACUGGCCUGGGGAAACGUCAACCUCUUUGACUAUAAGGACAUUUUGGUGUCAGGUAAAGUGGCGCUGAGUUUGUGGCCUGUCCCUCACGGACUCGAGGAUCUCCUGAACCCCAUAGGGGUGGCCAGUUCCAAUCCUAACAAGGAGUCUCCUUGCGUAGAACUCGAGUUCUCCUGGUUCACCCAGCCGGUGGUGUUUCCUGAUGAACAGCAAAUUGAAGAACACGCCAACUGGACUAUCAGCAGAGAACUGGGCCUCAACUACACACAUGGCCUGAACAGUCGUCUGGCAUGUGACAGCAGUGUUUCAGCAACAGACGCCGAGCAGCUUCGAUGUCUCUGCUGUAAAGAUCCUCUCUACGAACUCUCUGAGCAAGAGAAGGACUUCCUGUGGAGACAUAGGCAUUACUGUGUCAAUAUUCCAGAGUCUCUUCCGAAAUUACUUCUUUCGGUUAAGUGGAAUUCCAGAGAUGAAGUAUCUCAGAUGUACUGUUUGUUGAAGGAGUGGCCUCUAAUGGAGUCCGAGUCGGCUCUCGAACUGUUGGACUGUAACUUUCCUGAUCCCGUGGUAAGAGAGUUUGCACUGCGCUGUCUGGUCCAGAGCCUGACGGACGACAAGCUGUCCCAGUACCUGCUGCAGCUUGUACAGGUGCUGAAGUAUGAGAUGUACCUUGACAACCCACUUGCCCGUUUCCUGAUCAAGAAAGCGCUGACCAAUCAGAGGAUAGGACACUUCUUCUUCUGGCAUCUCAAGUCUGAGAUGCACAACAAGACUGUGUCGCGACGCUUCGGUCUGCUGCUCGAGGCCUUCUGCAGAGCUUGCGGCAUGUAUCUAAAACACCUGAACCGGCAGGUGGAGGCAAUGGAUAAACUGGUGAACCUCACAGAUACUCUGAAACAAGAAAAGAAGGACGAAACACAGAAAACUCAGAUGAAGUUCCUGGUUGAACACAUGUCUCGUCCAGAUUACAUGGAGGCUCUGCAGGGAUUUGUCUCGCCUCUGAACCCUGUGCACCAGCUGGGACAUCUCAGGCUGGAGGAGUGCAGGAUCAUGUCAUCGGCAAAGCGCCCCUUGUGGUUGAACUGGGAGAAUCCUGACAUCAUGUCUGAGCUGCUCUUCACCAACAAUGAGAUCAUCUUCAAGAAUGGAGACGACUUGCGGCAGGACAUGCUGACGCUGCAGAUCAUCAAGAUCAUGGAGAACAUCUGGCAGAACCAAGGACUAGACCUGCGGAUGCUCCCCUAUGGUUGUCUGUCCAUCGGAGACUGUGUGGGUCUCAUCGAGGUGGUGAAGAACAGUUUCACCAUCAUGCAGAUUCAGUGUAAAGGAGGCCUGAAGGGGGCGCUGCAGUUUAACUCAAACACACUGCACCACUGGAUUAAAGACAAAAACCGUGGAGAGGCCUACGACCGAGCCAUCGACCUGUUCACCAGGUCUUGCGCGGGUUAUUGCGUGGCGACGUUCAUUCUGGGAAUUGGCGACCGCCACAACUCCAACAUCAUGGUGAAGGAGAACGGGCAGCUCUUCCACAUAGACUUUGGUCACUUCCUGGACCACAAGAAGAAGAAGUUUGGCUACAAGCGGGAGCGAGUUCCUUUUGUGCUGACACAGGACUUCCUGAUUGUCAUCAGUAAAGGAAUCCAGGAGUCAACCAAGACAAAGGAGUUUGACAGGUUCCAGGAGAUGUGUUACAAAGCGUACCUGGCCAUCCGACAGCACGCCAGCCUCUUCAUCAACUUGUUCUCGCUGCUGCUUGGCUGCGGGAUGCCUGAACUGCAAAGCUUUGACGACAUCGCUUAUCUGAGGAAGACCCUUGCAUUGGAGAAAAGCCAGCAGGAGGCGCUGGAGUAUUUUACAAAACAGAUGAAUGAUGCUCACCAUGGAGGCUGGAGCACCAAGAUGGACUGGAUCUUCCACACUAUUCGACAUAUGCCCAAUGAGCACUAACACACACGCACGCACACUACAUGUUGUCAUGGCAACAUGAAUCUCAGGGUUGCAGGUCAGAGAAUGCCAAAGGCGUCUUCCAUCCGGUGCUAAUGUUAGCCAGUUAGCUGUUGUAGCAUUAGGUUUGAAUCAAACUUUAUUAAGAAGCUGCUGUAAGAAAGCAGAGCAAUAAACUCGAGACAAUCAGCCCUAAGCAAUAGGGAUGGGUGAUAAUGCAAAUUUUUAUAUCAAUCCCAUACCAAGUAAAUACAAGACUGGUAUUGGCGAUACUGAUACUUUUUACUUGAAAAUUUUAAAGAUCAUUAAAUUAUUUUUUUUCCCCCUUUACUUAAUUGACCAUGAUUAAUCAGAAUAAAAGACUGAUAUUUUAAAUAUUUUUAUCCAUAAACUUAUUUGUUUACAUAAUACAAACACAACUUUAUACUGAUACUUUUUACUUGAAAAUUUUAAAGAUCAUUAAAUUAUUUUUUUCCCCCUUUACUUAAUUGACCAUGAUUAAUCAGAAUAAAAGACUGAUAUUUUAAAUAUUUUUAUCUAUAAACUUAUUUGUUUACAUAAUAUAAACACAACUUUAUAUAUAUAUUAAACAAUAUGAACAAAGGAAUACAAUUAUUCCAUUGUAUUGAAUAUAUUUUUCAACAAACUAAAGUCAAUAGUUCAAAAUGAGGAAAGAAAAGCCAAAACUAUGAUUGACUCUCAUUCAAAGUACUCCUGUGUCCGAGGACUUACUCCCUGACUUAGUAAACAAUAUGUACACAUAAUGUCAUCAAUGUAACAAUAUCAGCAACAUAACUAAAACAUAGAUAUUUGUAAAAAAAAAAAAACAACUUAGAAGUGAAGCAAAAAAAUAUCAAUCUCAUCGCGAGAGUAUCAAUACUGUUACUACCUUUGGUAUCGAUCUGAUCCUUACUUUGAAUGAUCUGCCCACCCUCUGCUAACCAAUCAGGGAAAACCUAAGUAGAAAAUUUGUGUUAAUUAGUUUUCUCUUCAAACGUUCCAUUUAUGGAUGUUAAAACAAAUUGAAUCAAACAAAGCAACAAACAACUUCGUCUUAACGGUUUCAACUUGUGAACUUUGACCUUUUCUUUUCAUACUUCCUCCUCAAGGAAAAGUUCACCCAAUCAGCUGCUCGUAAGCAUGGUUGCUAACUGCCAUUAGCAAGCUAACUAAAUGUGACAAAAUCUUUGAUGUUAGUUGAAGGCUCGUUUGUGCUCAGGUCAGAGGUCAGGUCGGGAUGUGCACCUAAUCAGUGAUGCUUCGUUGCCAUGGUGAUGAUAAAAAGCUGUGAUUGUAAGGUUUUAGCAGGAAUGGCAGCUUCAUAUAUUUGACGCCGAUGUAAUCACUGUGUAUUGAUUUGUGGUAAGUAAACUUUUUUUUUUCUGAUAUUUAAACGCACACUAUGAUGAUGAGUGAAUCACUGAAGAAAACUUUGAUCUACGCUGCAAUCUUGGAUUCAAUAGGGAAAGACUUAUUCGCUGUCAUGUUGCCAUUGUCGUUCAAAUAAGACCGCAUGGCUGCGUGAUUUUUGCACUAAUAAAGUGACUUAUCUUCAUAAAA